GCUGUGGCAAUUUUGGAUACCAAGAAGAGGGAGGCGGAUAGGGAGUGGGCAUGGCGGCCGCCGUCCACCUCCACCUCCACCUCCACCACCAUUACCUCCUCCGUCCAUGUCCGCCGCCUCGGCGAGCCUGCUUCUUCUCCUCGCCGUGGCGCUCUCUCCCGCUCCCGCCCGCCCGCCUCCGCUCCUCCUUCCCCGCCCCCACCUCCCACUUGGCCGUCGCCGGCACAGAUGAGCGGGAUGCGGAGGAGAAGGAGGAGUUCGUGGUCGUUACCUUCUACAAGCUGGCUCCCGUGGAGGACCCCCGCGCCGAGGUGGCCGCGCACCUCCACUUCCUCCAGGGACGAGACAUACACGGUCGCAUCUACAUGAACGAGCAGGGGAUCAACGCUCAGUACAGUGGUCCGCGCAAAGAUGCAAUGGCGUACGCGGACUGGCUCAGGACAGACCCUCGCUUCUCUGAUAUACUCGUCCAAGUUUCGCCAGCGUUAACCGGGCAUGCUUUUCCUCGCCUCAAACUGCGCUACAAACAAUCACUUGUUCAGUUGGAAGGAGGGAGUUGUCAUCUUCCUUUGGUGGAACCUAGCAUGCGCGCUUCACCACUGACCCCAUCCGAGUGGAGGGAGAAACUUGAAGCUAGGAAACGCCUUGAAACCGAAGCAGCUGGAGAUACCUCUGAACGAAAGCUUUUGCUCCUUGAUGUUAGGAACGACUAUGAAUGGGACAUUGGGCAUUUUGAAGGAGCCAAGAGGCCUAACGUGGACUGCUUCAGAAGCACUUCAUUUGGGCUGUCAGAGCAGGAGAUUGAUUCGACGGACCCUCUGCAUGGGGUAGACAAAGAGAAGACAGACAUAUUAAUGUACUGCACAGGUGGCAUAAGAUGUGACGUAUACUCAACGAUUUUGAGGGAGAAGGGUUUCGGGAACCUGUACACUCUCAAGGGAGGCGUGUCCAACUACCUGAAGAUGGAAGGGAGCGCGGAGUGGGUUGGUAACCUGUUUGUGUUUGACGACCGGCUGUCCCUGCCACCGGCCAAGUUUGCAGAGGCAGAAGGCGCAGGAGAAGAAGGUGGUGGCGACAAGGGGGAGGUGUGGUCGUCGCGAUGGCUGGGGCGGUGCUACGUGUGCGGGUCGGAGGUGGAGGAGCUGCGGCACCGCAACUGCGCCAGCAUCGACUGCAACCGGCUCUACCUGUGCUGUGGUGGGUGCUUGGAGGAGCUGAGGGGCUGCUGCUGUAGGGAGUGCAGGGGCGCGCCACGGCUGCGGCCGCUGCUGCCGGGGCACCAGAGAUACGACAAGUGGCAUCUGUACCGCGACGGACGACCAUCUCAAGCUGAGCUGAGCUGAGCUGAGGUGAGCAUCAUCCAGUCCAAGUGCAGUCAUUUGAAGUAGUGGCUUCAAGAGGAUUACUUGUGUAUAUAUUUCUGUGGGUCGUACCACCAUUUUUCUUGCUUUCUGAUUUGUUGGUGCAUCUUUUUUUUCGUUCUUUUAAUUGAUAAGUACUAGCAUGCAGUGUAGUGUAGUAGAAGAAGAAGAUGAGGUGACAGAGAGAGACAUUCUGUGGAGAACUUAAGUAGAGCAGAUGAGAGCAGAUUAAUGAAAUCGACAUUCUCAUCCUCUUUAAUUGAAUGAUCAAUGGAUGCAGCAGCAUAUAUAUACAA